AUGGCGGAUCUGAGCCCCAAACCAGAGACCUUUGAGCUCAAUAAUGGCAGCAUGAAGGUUCUUCUCACCAAUCUUGGGUGCACCAUUAUCUCCUUAUCAGUUCCCGGAAAAGAUGGAUUGUUAUCCGACGUCGUUCUUGGCCUCGACUCUCUUGAAUCCUAUCAGAAAGGUCUUGCUCCUUAUUUUGGCUCCAUUGUGGGUCGGGUUGCGAACCGAAUCAAGGAUGGCAAGUUUACACUUGACGGGGUUCAGUAUUCUUUGCCUCUGAACAAACCCCCAAACAGUCUCCAUGGUGGAAAUGUUGGGUUUGAUAGGAAGGUAUGGGAGGUGGUUGAACAUAAAAAAGGCGAAACACCCUCAAUCACUUUCAAAUAUCACAGUCAAGAUGGAGAGGAAGGUUAUCCUGGGGAUAUCACCGUUACUGCCACUUACACGCUCACCUCUGGCACAACUCUGAGGCUUGACAUGGAAGGAGUGACAACGGACAAGCCCACCAUAGUCAAUUUAGCUCAGCAUACCUACUGGAACUUAGCUGGUCACAACUCAGGGAAUAUACUUGACCAUUCAAUUCAGAUAUGGGCUAAUCAUGUCACUCCUGUGGACGAGAAUACCGUGCCAACUGGUGAAAUCAUGCCAGUGAAGGAUACCCCUUUUGAUUUUACAUCUGAGAAUAGAAUAGGCAGCACUAUUAGUCAGGUUGGAUUGGGAUAUGACCACAACUUUGUGCUUGAUUGUGGGGAAGAGAAAGAUGGUUUGAGGCAUGCUGCAAAAGUGAGGGAUCCAUCAAGUUCAAGAGUACUGAACUUGUGGACAAGUGCCCCUGGUGUGCAAUUUUACACUGCAAACUAUGUUAAUGGUGUUCAAGGAAAAGAAGGUGCCAUAUAUGGAAAGCAUGCAGGGUUAUGUCUGGAGACACAAGGAUUCCCUGAUGCCAUAAACCAGCCAAAUUUUCCAUCUGUUGUCGUUCGUCCAGGUGAGAAGUAUCAGCAUAGCAUGUUGUUUGAGUUUUCAGUUGAAUGA